AUGGCCCCUCGGCCGGGCCGGGAGCUGGCCAAGAAGGGCUGGAAGCCGAAGCACCCCAUCAUCAUCGUGCCAGGCUUCGUCACCAGCGGCCUGGAGCUCUGGUCUGGCAAGCCCUGCGCAGCACGCUAUUUCAGGCAGCGCAUCUGGGGCAGCUUGUCCAUGACGCAGAGUUUCAUGGGUGACAAGGCGUGCUGGCUGGAGCACAUGGCCCUUGACAACACAACAGGGCUGGAUCCCGAGGGUGUCCGCCUGCGCGCUUCAGAGGGCCUUCUGGGUGUGGACUACUUCUUCCCAGGCUACGCCGUGUGGGCAAAGCUCAUCGAGGCGGCCGCCGAUAUGGGCUAUGACACAAACAACCUGAUCGGGGAGACAUAUGACUGGAGGCUGUCAGUGCCCAACAUGGAAGCGCGAGACAAUUACUUCACCCGCCUGAAGUGGCGCCUCGAGCUUUCCCUCAAGACUGAGGGCGAGAAGGCAGUGGUGGCCAGCCAUUCUUGGGGGGACAAUGUUUUCCGCAACUUCAUGGUGUGGAUCGGUGAGGAUGACCCGGACUGGGUUGAGAAACAUGUGGCCGCGUACGUCAACAUUGCCGGGCCCGUUCUGGGCGUCGCAAAGUCCAUGACAUCCCUCCUCUCAGGCGAGACAAGGGACACAGCGGAGCUUGGCUUGAUCGGCGCGUUCCUGUCAGACAAUCUGGUUCCGCGGAACGAGCGUGUGAAGCUGUUCAGGACGUGGGGGUCUGCCAUGGGCAUGCUCCCUGUCGGUGGCCCAGAUAUCUGGGGCAACACCACCUGGGCCCCAGAUGACACACUCGAGAUGACUAAGCAAAAUGUGGUCAAGAAGCACGACGUGGAUUCGGCAGUCAAGAUUCUGCUGAAAAACGGGGGCCCGCUCUUCCACGACCAUGUUGUCAAGUGGGGAGCUGUGCAUGCGGAUGAACGCAGCUGCAAGGCAUCAAAGGGAUCCCCAGAGGAGUACUACUACAACCCACUCAAGUGCCCACUGCCCAAGGCGCCCUCCAUGCAGAUCUACUGCCUGUACGGUGUCGGCCUGCCCACUGAACGCUCCUACUACUACCUCAACCUCGAGUCUGACAAGGCGAUGAGGAAGUCAGAGGAGGAGAGCGAGACGCACCAGCAGUACGAGGUGCGCUGGAAGAUGGAUAAGGACGCCAGCGGGGAGCGCCAUGGCGGGACAAUAAGCUACGGAGUGCGCACGAGCGACGGCGACGGCACUGUGCCACUCAUCAGCACCGGCGUCAUGUGCCACAAGCACUGGCGUGAAAAGCAGCUCAACCCGGCCGGCAUCCGCGUCGUUUCGCGCGAGUACCUCCACGAACCCGUCGCCGCCUACAAGGACCUCCGGGGAGGGCCUCGAUCUGCAGAUCAUGUGGACAUCCUGGGCCACAUGGAUGUCCUGGAAGACAUCCUCACCAUUGCGUCGGGCCAUGGAGACGACCUGCAGGACAAGAUCAUCUCAGAUGUGAAGCGCAUUGCCGACAACAUCAAGCUUGAUGUUGGCUGCGAUUGA